CUUCGCCACAACUGUCCUGCCUUCAUCAGCCGGGUGGUGUGGGCCUCGCGCUUCGACCUUCUCUUCUUUUUCUAGAGAUGUCAUAGUGGCGCGUGGCCACAAACACGAUGACCCUUGAGAAGAUGAGUCACAACACCGACUGCGAACGCCCGCAACCGGCCUUCGCGGAAGCGCGCUGGCCAAUGAUAGAGCAAGCGUGCAAUGACGUUCUGAUGACAUCAUCCUGCAGCCGUACCAGGCCGGACAUGGCUCUCUUGUUCCUAGCGUUUUGCCGAGGAGGCUCGUUGUUCUUUGUGUCCUUCCUGUUCCCGCAAGAGAUGGCGACCAAGGUGCGUUCAUCGUUACCGUUCUCUACCAAGGUGGAAAUAAUCCGGCGCGUUGAACGCGGCGAGAAGAAGACAGAAGUCGCCGCAUCCUUCAAGAUCGCCAGAAGCACGCUGGGUACGAUACUGAAAAACAAGCCAGCGAUCCUGCAAAAGGCCCGAGAUCGACCGAACGCCGACGGAAAGCGCAUUUGGGCGCCUGCCUUUGACAGAGUGGAAAAGGCGCUGUACGCGUGGUUUUUGGAUAUUCAAGCUCGAAACCUUCCAGUUUCGGGCCCCAUGUUACAGCAGAAAGCAAAAGACUUUGCCUUUUUGCUCGACGUUCAAGAUUUUAGAGGCGGAUCCGGAUGGCUUCAACGGUUCAAGGAACGUUACGACAUUGUCGGCAAAGUUGUCGCUGGCGAGAGUCGAGCAGUCGACAAUGAAAGCGUUAAGAAGUGGAUCGCCGAAAACUGGCCAGCAAUUACGGAGCAGUACAGGACCUGCGAUAUUUAUAAUACCGACGAAACCGCACUGUUUUGGCAGCUCCUACCCAGUCGGACCUUGGCACGACAAGGCGAGAAGUGCCAUGGCGGCAAGCUCUUCUCUCUGUCGUAAGUGCCACAACUUUUUUUUCCUUCUCAAUUUUACGGAAUUAUCGUGUUCAUUUAUUGUCUGUUACCUAGAAAUUUUCGGGCUUUCUUAGAUGAUAUGUUUCAAUAUUGAAAUUUAUUGAUAGAAAUAUGAAUACAUAUGUUCCAUCAUGAAAGCUGCCUCGCGAUAACACGGCUCUGAGCGCCGGCGUGAGGCUCGCUACGCUCG